AUGGCGUUCAGUUUUGGAGCACCUGCGGCGAAGCCUAUCCUAAACCUCUCUGGUCUCGGUAACAAUCCAAACCCGAAUCCAACACCAUCUCUAUUUAACCAAUCAGUCGCCCCCCCAUCAAACCAGCCCUCAGCAAAUCCCGCACAAGGUGCCUCAUCACAGGCGCAGAUAGACAUUACACAUCUUCGCUCAACCACCAAGUUCGACCAAUUGACUCCAGCACUGCAGAAAGAGAUUGAAGAUGUUGACACCUUAAUAUUAAAUCAGAUCAAACUGGCAUCAGAAGUCUCCGAUCUUCUACCGACGGUGAUUGCUGCAGGACAAACGAUCCCCAAUGGCGUGGACUUCGUGGGACAAAAACUAGACGAAGUCGAAGCAGGACUGGGUAACGAUGCGGAAGCGAUUGUCGCAGCACGAGAUGGAGCUAUGAAGAAGGGCGAGUUGGAAGCCAAAUGUGUCUUCCGAGCGGUUGAUCGACUGAAGAUGCCCCGGCAAUACCAAGUUAGCCACACACAAAAUGAAAGCUUGGGCGGCAACGGAGCAUAUGGGGGUGGAUCUGGCCUGAACGGUUGGUGGAAUAAUCCCCAGACGCUAAAAGGCAGUGUACGUGGUGGAAAUUCAAGAGGGGACACCAUACAACUACCAGGUGAAGAUGCUGAAGAGGGUAUCCAGGGACCGAAGAGUUUGAUUGAGCUGUUCAACACACGCGCCGAUGAGAUGCAGGGUUCAAUUCAGACUGAUCGUCAACUAUUGGGUGAAAUCGAGGAUUUCGUGCAAGGACUCGAAGCCAAGGUCGUGGGUCGAGAACGAGAAUUAUAUGAAAGACUCAAUAAUGGAGAUGGGAGUGGUGUCGCUUUCAGCGAAAGAGACCAUCAAAUCCAGCUUUUGAGAGUUGUGUUUGGCGAAGUUCAGAGGAGUUUGUACGAUGCUGCGGACAAAGUCGGGGCAGCCAGAGAAGAUGUGGCCCAACUUGCACUGGGAAGUUGA